GAGCGUCAGUCAUGCACCCAACGAUGAACUUCACCUUCAUAGCAGCUGUAAGCCUCUGCAGCCUCUGCUGGAUCUCUGUCUUAGGUUCUGAGUCUCAGACCAAGGAGGUCAAGCCUGGCGAAGACGUCACGCUGCGGUGCUCCAAUAUUUCCAAGUCUGAGUGUGUAACAUUCUGGUUCCGACUGGACAACAGAGCCACGGUCGAUUGCAUCUCCGUCAUGAUCAGAUCUAGCGGCAAGCCUACAUAUUAUGAUGGAUUCAAAGGUGGAAAAUUUGAAAUGAGCUCAAACAUCUCUACUAUCUCUCUCAAAAUCAAACAAGUGGAUUCAUCAGAUUCUGGACAGUAUUUCUGUGGAUUUUAUGAAAGUCCGCGCCUACUUUUCAGUGUGACACAUUUAAAAGUUGCAGGCGGCGACGAACCUCAUUGUGACACCGAACAAAACUCCGACGGCGUAGCAAAGCUGAUGUGUUUUAUCCUGGCUGGUUUCACUGUUCUCCUUUUUCUGGUCAUCGUUGGUCUGAUUGUUCAAAACAGAAAACUUCAUUCAGCUAAUAAAGACAAACCGAAUCCAGCGCAAAGUGAGAAUCUCGGCUCGGAUGACCAGAAUUACGCUACAGUGACAUUUCGACCAAAAGUUAGAAGAAGAGAGCAGGAGACAAAUGUUAUAUAUGCUGCCACGAGAUAGACUCAGGCAGAACAACUUGAACCGGUGCUGUAUGAUGUGAAUAUACAUUGAGGCUUGGCAUGACUGUUUGUGAGAGGAACAUCUGUUGCUGAAAAUUUUCCAAUAAAGAUGCAAUGCUAA